GUCAGCCUCACCCACACUAGCAAGGAGUUCCUAUCCUUUCAACUCUCUCCCUGGUUAAAACUGUGACCAUUUCAAUAAAUUCCAGGCCAUUGUACCUAAAACAAUCUUAAAAGAGACAUUUUUAAGAAGCAACUGAAGCACCUCACUAGGAUUAUUCUGUAUUUUGUUUUCUCUUUUCUCCCAUCUCCCUUCCCAUAUCUGAGUACAACAAAUACAAGAGCCUUUCUUUCUGUUCUUUGAAAUUAACUUUAGUUUCACUUUCGAAAUUGCAGCAACCUUGCAACAUGCACUUCCCUGAGGAAACGUCUGGAUUGGACUAAUGAAAAACAGAAAUGGCCAGCAGUCAUCCGAAUAAAUGCAGAAUCAUGAAAGGGCCUUUGCCUUAUAAUAUCUAUGCCUUGUUGGGACUGUGGCCCCUUUGGAUUUUGUGUACCACCUCGACCAACAAAUGCACAGUGACACGUGAAGUAGCUGAUUGCAGUCAUUUGAAGCUGAUGCAGGUGCCUGACAACCUUCCCACAAACAUAACAGUGUUGAAUCUGACCCACAACCAGCUCAGAAGAUUGCCACCUGCCAAUUUUACAAGAUAUAGCAAACUUACUGUCUUGGAUGGAGGAUUUAACAGCAUUUCAAAACUAGAGCCAGAACUGUGCCAAAAUCUGCCUUUUUUGAAAGUUUUGAACCUCCAACAUAAUGAGCUAUCUCAUCUCUCUGAUAAAACCCUCAUGUUUUGCAUGAAUUUGACUGAACUCCGUUUAAUGUCCAACUCAAUCCAGAAAAUUCAAAACAAUCCUUUUAAAAACCAAAAGAAUUUACUCAAACUAGAUCUGUCUCAUAAUGGUUUAUCAUCUACACAAUUAGGAACUCAGCUCCAACUAGAAAAUCUCCAGGAACUUCUACUAUCAAAUAAUAAAAUUCAUUCACUAAGAGGUGAAGAACUUGAUUUCCUUGGUAAUUCUUCCUUACAAAAAUUAGACUUGUCAUCAAAUCAAAUUAAAGAGUUUUCUCCAGGGUGUUUUCAUGUGAUUGGAAAAUUAUUUGGUCUCUUUUUGAACAAUGCUCAACUGGGCCCUAGUCUCACAGAGAAGCUUUGUUUGGAAUUAUCAAAUACAAGCAUCCAGAAUCUGUCUCUGAGUAAUAUCCAGCUAUAUAGAACAAGCAACACAACUUUCUUUGGACUAAAGCAGACCAACCUCACCAUGCUCGACCUUUCCCACAACUACUUAAAUGUGGUUGAUAAUGGUUCCUUUUCUUGGCUUCCACAUCUGAAAUAUUUCUUCCUGGAAUAUAAUAAUGUAGCACAUUUGUCUUCUCACUCUUUUUAUGGGCUUUUCAAUGUGAGAUACCUGAAUUUGAAACGAUCUUUUACUAAACAAAGUAUAUCCCUUGCUUUACUUCCAAAGAUUGAUGAUUUUUCUCUUCAGUGGCUAAAAUGUUUGGAGUACCUUAACAUGGAGGAUAACAAUAUUCCAGGCAUAAAACGCAGUAUGUUCACUGGAUUGAUAAAUCUAAAAUAUUUAAGUCUAUCCAACACUUUCACAAGUUUGCAAACUUUAACAAAUGAAACAUUUUUAUCACUUGCUCAUUCUCCUUUACGUGUGCUCAACUUAACCAGAAAUAAAAUCUCAAAAAUAGAGAGUGGUACUUUUUCUUGCUUGGGAUACCUAGAAGUACUUGACCUUGGCCUUAAUGAAAUUGAGCAAGAACUCACAGGCCAGGAAUGGAGAGGUCUAGGAAAUAUUUUUGAAAUCUACCUUUCCUACAACAAAUACCUACAACUGACUAGCAAAUCCUUUGCAUCGGUCCCAGGACUCCAACGACUGAUGCUCCGAAGAGUGGUCCUUAAAAAUGUGGACAGCUCUCCUUCACCUUUCCGCAGUCUUCAUAACUUGACCAUUCUGGAUCUAAGCAACAACAACAUAGCCAGCAUCAAUGAUGACAUGUUAGAAGGUCUUGAGAAGCUAGAAAUUCUGGAUUUGCAGCAUAAUAACUUAGCAAGGCUCUGGAAACAUGCAAACCCUGGUGGUCCUGUUCAUUUUCUACAGGGUCUUCCCCACCUCCAUAUCCUUGACUUAGAGUCUAAUGGCUUUGAUGAAAUUCCAGCAGAUAUGUUCAAGGACUUGUUUGAACUUAAGAGCAUCAAUUUAGGAUUGAAUAAUUUAAACGUACUUCCACCAUCUCUCUUUGACCAUCAGAUGUUUCUGAAGUCCCUGAACCUUCAAAAGAAUCUCAUAACAUCAGUUGAGAAGAACGUUUUUGAACCAGUUUUCAAGAACUUGACUUAUUUAGAUAUGCGCUUUAAUCCAUUUGAUUGUACAUGUGAAAGCAUUGCUUGGUUUGUUAAUUGGAUUAAUAAGACCCAUACUAACAUCUCAGAACUAUCAAGUCAUUACAUCUGCAACACUCCACCUCAAUAUCAUGGGUUCCCGGUGAUGCUUUUUGAUACAGCACCCUGCAAAGACAGUGCCCCCUUUGAACUCUUUUUUGUGAUCAGUACCAGUUUGCUUUUAUCUUUUAUCUUUAUUGUAUUGCUCAUCCAUUUUGAGGGCUGGAGGAUAUCUUUUUAUUGGAAUGUUUUGGUCCAUCGAGUUCUUGGUUUCAAGGAAGUAGAUGGGCAGCCAGAACAAUUUGAAUACACAGCAUAUAUAGUUCAUGCCUAUAAAGAUAGAGAUUGGGUCUGGGAAAACUUCUCCCCAAUGGAAGAAAAAGACCAAUCUCUCAAAUUUUGUCUGGAAGAAAGGGACUUUGAAGCAGGUGUCCUUGGACUUGAAGCAAUUGUUAAUAGCAUCAAAAGAAGCAGAAAAAUUAUUUUUGUUCUAACACAGCAUCUAUUAAAAGAUCCACUGUGCAAAAGAUUCAAGGUGCAUCAUGCAGUUCAUCAGGCUAUUGAACAAAAUCUAGAUUCCAUUAUAUUGGUUUUUCUUGAGGACAUUCCAGAUCAUAAGCUUAACCAUGCACUUUUUUUGAGAAGAGGAAUGUUUAAGUCUCACUGCAUCUUGAACUGGCCAGUUCAGAAGGAACGGAUAAAUGCCUUUCACCAUAAAUUGCAAGUAGCACUUGGAUCCCGAAAUUCAGCGUAUUAAAUUCGUUUAGAGAUUAAAUGACCAACGGAGUAACUUUUCAAUUUAACAAGUUUAAGGUAAAUUUAAGUUUUACCUAAAAGUAAUGUAAUCUGAUUAUUCAUAUGUAUAUGCGAUGGCAUUAUAUUGUAAUUAUUUCUCUUUAUAGAAAUUGCCUGUUUCAGUCAUCUUAUUGACAGCUGACUUAUCUAAUCAUAAUAAAUAUCUAAGCAUAUAGGAAGAACAUCUUCUACUAAUGAAUACAGAAUUGUCCACUGAGGCCUAUUACAGCCUCAAAGAGUUUUAAACUCCUUCUCAUUUAAAGAAAAUCAUUUUUGGGUUUGGAGAAUAUAGUUAGAAUGUAAGAUAAUUGUUUUGAUGGAUAUAGGCUUUUUCAGUUAUAUAAGAGUAAGAUUUUUUUUUAAGUUUAAUAACAGCGAUGUUUUCAUUUUGAAAGCUUUGCAUUUUAGUAUCCCCAUGUUGGUUUGGCUAAACAUUAAAUACUUUUAAAAUUUGAUAUUAAGGGACAUAAAACCUUCACAGUUCAUUUUAAUUACUUAGUAAGAUAAAUACUAUAGCAAACACUUAUUUAUAUUUUCCCAAUACUUAGGUUUCUGCUACUGGAGUGAAGAAACAAUUCUCUUACUUAAAAAUACUGCAGAAAUGCUUGGUUCCUCAAGGUUACUUAGUAAAUUGUCUUUGUGGAAAAAAUUUCCCUUUCCUCCACACAGACUCAGGAGAUAGUGUUGGUCCAACUGAAAUUCAAUUCUCGAUCUUGAAAGUUACAAUUAUAAACAAAAUCUUAAAUAAUUAGUGAUGGUAAGCGCAGUAUAAUAUAUUCACAUGAAUUCAUUAUUAUACCAUUGAAUUAAAAGUUAUGUUAGAUUUAAGAAACAUGAGCUGUCACAUUUUGAAACUUUGAUUUAAAUACUUCAGAUUCUUAGGGCUACGUUCACAUAAUCUUGGAAUAAGUAAUAUUCAAAGUACUGUUGGUUCUGAAAGAGUCUACAGUCAGCUAACAGUGUGAAUGCAUGGAGGAAUAAUUUUCACUAUUCUCUACCCUAACAUUUAGACACUUGUUUCAUAGCAUUUUAGAUAAGAUUUAUUUUUCAAUGUGAUAUAAUCCUAUUUUAUUUGGACAUUAUAAAAUAAAAACCAUGACUACUUCUUUUCUUGACGUACUUUUAUGUUAUCUACCAAUAUUCUUAACUUUUUAUUAAAAUGUUUUUAAAUUAAAUAUUUCUAUAAAUUAAUCAUUGGUUAAAAACAGGGCAAGAAAUAAUUUUGAUUUUAGUUUCUUUUUUGUGUACUUAUAAGAUAGUUGAUAAAAUGACCAAAAUUUAAAUUGAGUUCAAAUGUAAUUUUUUUAAAGAAUUACUUAACAUUUAAGAGGUUAAGAUAAAUGAAUAUAAGUAAAAAAAAAAAAAAUAAAAGGUGUACACUCUGACUUAUAUUUGACCUAUUUAGGAAGUGAUGUCUUGAACAUCUGCAUGCUGUCCGUUAUAAUUGUUCUCAGGAGGAGUCCAUGUCCCUUGGGCUAAAGACAAGGGGAGUGCAAAAAAGGAUGCUUGUUUCACUUCCUAUUUAAUUUUUACAAGCAAUUUGACUUGUUUGAAUAGUCUCAAAAUGCCACCGUGUAAUCUGUUCACUCCAAUACCUUCCUGUUUUUCACAUUGUAAAACAAAACCAACUUAAUCAUUAUUAUUGAAUGUAAAAUAAAUCUGAAUAUUUAA